GGUGCAUAGGCUUCUUCUCUAUAUAAUGAAGACCACAUGACCACUACUUCAACCUACUUGAUUUGAGGUAGAGAAAGAGAGAGAUAGAGAGAGACCAAGAGAAAGAGAUGUCUCAAAUAAUAGAAGAGGUGAGGUCCAAGGCAGUGGUUUACACUGGAGAUGAAAUUGGACAAGAGAAAUGUAAGUUUGUGUUAACAGAAGUUGGUUUACCAAAUGGGUUAUUACCAUUGAGAGAUAUAAUAGAAUGUGGGCAUGUAGAGGAAACUGGAUUUGUAUGGUUAAAACAAAAGAAGAAGACCGAACACAGGUUUGAAAAGGUUGGGAGCUUAGUCUCUUAUGCCUCUGAAGUCACUGCUUAUGUUGAGAAAAAUAGAAUCAGAAAACUUACCGGUGUCAAAGCAAGAGAGCUCUUGCUUUGGGUUACUUUAACUGAAAUAUAUGUUGAUGAUCCCCCUACCGGGAAGAUUACGUUCAAAAGCUCUCUUGGUCUUUCAAAGCAACAGCCUACUGCUGCUUUUCAGAUUGAAGAUGUGAAAGAAGAUGCAAAGGGAGUGAAGGAAGUGAAGGAAAUGAAGGAAGAAGUGAAGGCUUGAGAACUGAUCUGCAUCUGGCUUUGUUGGUUUUACUGAUCAACUUUCAUGUUCUACGUUGUCGUUUUAUCUUUAUUUCAUGUUUUCAGUUUUUAUGCAUUCCUCUGGCUGAUGCUAGUUAGUAGUGUUUGAUGCAAAAUAUUAAUGUUUAUGAAGUUGAAGUACUACGAGUUCAUCUUUUGCUUUUC